AUAAGAAAAGAAAUGGGAGAAAAUGAAUUAAGCAGACAGGAGGGGAGGGGCAUAAUUGUGAAUACGAAUUGUGACGACGGUGAGAAAAUGCGAAAAAGCUUUAAUUUAGUUAUUGAAAAAAUGAAUCUUCCAUUGCACACCUCCUUCGAGUAAGAGUCGACCGUUUUUCUUGCCUGAAACACAUUUAUGAAGCCCAAAGCUUGAGAGCAUAGUUGAGUUUAGAGAGAAGAUGUUUUACUCGCAGUUGCUGCUGUCGAAGAAGGGCGCGUUGGGCAUCAUUUGGAUGGCCGCUCAUUGCCACAAACGCCUUAAGAAGAAUCAAGUCCAGCAAACCGACAUUCCUUCUUCUGUGGAUAAGAUCAUGGAUGAUGAAGUUCCGGUAGUCACUCAUAGAAUUUUAGCCUUCCUUCUUCUAGGCAUCGUGAGAAUUUACUCGAAGAAAGUUGAGUAUCUAUUUGAUGACUGCCAUGAAAUUCUGAACAGACUAUGUAGCGUUAAGACCAGGAAAACUGCACGAGCAGGCAUAGGUGUCUCUAACUCUCAGAGGCAUUAUCACUCUAUUACUCUACCCAAGAGAUUUGAACUUGAUACAUUUGAUCUAGGUCUAGGUUUAGAUCGAGAUGCAAUGGGUUGGAAUGUAAGAUCACGUGAACAAGAGACACGUGCUGAUGGGCGCAAAAAAGACUAUCGUAGAUGUGGCUCAAUUUGCAAGGCUAUUGUUCCAAUUUCUUGCACACCACCUCGAGAUGUGUUUGAAGCCUAUCAGGAACAGGACUUGUUGGUUAAGCCAUCCAGUAAUGCGACCAUUUCUUUAGCUGGUGUGGAGGAACUCCGUCGAACACGUCGUUCUUUAGAAGAUUGUAUUGAUCUUGUUCAGUUGGAUGAGACUGAAAAUGAACAAAUGCAUAAUAAGCUACCCAACAGGGAUUGGAGGAAUUGUCCAAUAAAUGAGGCUGAUUCUGAUUCUGAUUCUGCUGUGCGUCUAUCAAAUACUAAUAGACAUCCUUCUUUACCAAGUUCAGGUCUUGAACUCAUGGUGUUAGAUGAAGCUGAAAAUGAGCAACUGAACAAUAGGCCAUCUCAUGAUAAGGCCAAUCCAAAUUUCAGGGGGCGGAUUCAAGAAGAACAAAUGCAUGAUAAUCUAUCUGACAAUGAUCUGAGGAUUAAUAUCCAAGGGUCGACCAACAAUAUGGAGUCUGAUUUUGUUUUACGUCUAUCCAAUAAUGCAAUUCUUUCGUUACCAAGUUUAGAGAUGCUUCGUGGAACUGUGUUUACUUUGGAAGAUCGUCUUGAACCAAUGGUGUUGGAUGAAGCUGAAAAGGAGCAACUCUAUGUUAGGCCAUCUAAUAAAAUUACAAGUUCAAAUUUCCUGGGGCCAAUUCAAGAUGUGGAGUUGAACUCUGUUAUGAACCAAUCUCAUGAAGGAACCGAUCCUGUAGAAAACUUGGAAAUGCUUCAUGAAGGCAAUUUCUCUUUGGAGCAUUUAUCCACUUUCAACUUAUUGAAAUCGGCUGAAAAGAGAGAUGGGCAUGAUAAGCCAACCCAUGAAGAGCAUGAAGUUGAAGAGAAGCACAUGGACCAUCUGCUUACUCAGACUCGGUCGAGUUUUCAAGAGGGUUUAGACCAAGUUUUUAGUGAAGCAGUUGAUAAUGCAGGGAAAGUGGGUCCGGAACUAGAGGUGAUUCCCCUGGAAAGCGUAAAAUGCCAGAAACCAGAAAAUGUUCAUGUGUCUAUUCAAAAUCCUCACUCAAAGCUUCCAGCAGAUGUUGGCCCCAUGGAAGUUGCAGCUAUUCAGACUCCUGGCAGAAAGGAGCGUGCAAUGAUUCUUAAAAAGCGGAAGGCAUUGGUGGAUGUGGCCACAGUGGUGCCAAAUAAGAUAUUGAAGAGCUGGAUAGAAGAAGAUCCGAUUGACCUAAAACGACAAAGAAAGGAAAUUCCUCGUACUCGGUUACAAGCCUGGAGAACUCAUAAACAUUGCCAUGCACCUAGUAGUUUCCUUGAGCCUUCGAUUCCUGGUGUCUCAGUAAAUCUAUGUUAUAAUGGCUGCUGGGAAAGUUCUGCACCUGAAACUAUAUCUGCCGAACCAUCUGUUGGCCAAGAUGGUCUCCAAGCUUCUACCGGGCAUGGUGCUCAAGAACAUAUCCAAGAAGACAUCAGAUAUCCUAUUACAGAAGAGUCUCCCCGACAAACUCCAGUUGUCAGUUCUCCACUUGCAGACAAACCGAGUGGGCAAAUUUCUGAUGUCACUUCCCUGGUUUUAGAAAAGCCUUCCGGACAAGCUCCAGCUGUCAGAUCUCCUGUUGCAGAAAAUUGUCCUGACCAAAUUCCGAUUGCUCCUGGAACACCCGUUGCUUAUUUGAACUCAUUAAGAUCACAUGAAGCUGAAACAGUCGCUGAUUCAGACAUCUUGGAACCUUCCUCGUCACUUGAAAGUAUAGAGACGACAUUUUCAAACAAACAACUUGGACUGGAUUAUUUGCUUCAGGAGGAAACGAGCUCAUACAAAGGUGAUAGCUUGGAGAAAGAUGCAUUCACUGCUAGAACAAGAAUAAUUGGAAGUUAUCUCGGUAGGAAGAUCCUGCAUAAAAAGAUACGGACAGAUGAAGAAGUAUUGAGCUUGUCGCGUUUAUUGGCAGGGAAAACAAAGAAAGAAAGCACGAUCAUGUUCUACGAGAUAUUGGUUCUGAAAACGCGAGACUGCAUAGAUGUGCAACAGGAGAGUGCUUACCGCGAUAUCCUUGUGCGCGAGACCCCCAAACUGAGGCAGUAUUUCGAAUGAGCAUGGAGUAGUUGAAGCAUUUAGAUGUAAAUAUUGUAGAGAGAGAGAUGUAGCUUUAGCAAAACUAGGAGCUUAGAACUAUUUCCAUGAGGCAACGGCUUUUGCCGACUCCUUCCUUCUGUUAUGUAACUUAAAAGGUUCAAUAUUAUGUGUUUAAGAUUGCCAUGCUCUCCUUA